AUGGGCUCGUUCCAUUUGAGGCCCGCUGAUGUGCGGGACGACUUUUUGUUGCUGAGCCCGCUCGACCCAUUCGAAGAUCUCGGUGACUAUCUCACGUUCGACAAGGAAAUCCACAUGUUCUUCUGCAAGAUAUGUGGUGUACGCUGCUUUACCUUCACUGGUCUUGGAGAAGUUGUUGAUAUUAAUGCUUCAGUACUCGAGCUGCCGGAUGCCGCAAAGACUGGGGCUCUGCUGACCAAGGCAUGGAGAGCCGUUCGCGGAAGCGGUUCACCAGAGUUUGGGACUACUAUCAAUGUGAAUGGACAUACUAUUGAUGCAGGUCAGCCUGAAUUUGAUAUGAGAGAGCUUACGGAGAAGAAGUGUGUGCAGUACCUGGAUACGUUCAGUGACUGGGGUAAGGGAUCGCCUCCUCGUUGGGAUAGGCCGCAGGACCAUGGAUGCUAUUAA